CGCGGUAUGUCUUCAGGCCUCGAAUGAGAGGGCGAAGCAUCUCAUUCCUUACACCUUCUCAGCCUCCUUGUCUCGCCGCCAAUUAGGGUAAUCCCAAUUUUGUGCCGUAUUCCUGUGUUCUCAUACUUGCUAUGCCGCUUCCCGACGCCGAAACGGAGGUGAGGGCCUCCAGCGAAGCUGCGGAAAACUUCACGGAUCGGUAUUAUCAUGCGCUAAACACCCUCGCCAAGCUGGACUCGUUCUACAUCAACUCGUCGUCAAAAUACACCAUUCCCGCCGACAUCUCUAUCAACGGCAAGGUGCUGUCGACGCCGGCUGAGUACCUCACCCUGUUGGAGGGCCAGGGCCAGGGCGUGCGGUACGAGAUAGAGUCUCUGGACGCCCACGUCAUAAAUCCUUCCACUGGCUACGGUGCGCCAGAGAACAUUCACGAUAAUCCCAAAGUGGAGAGGACCGGAGGGCGGAUGAGCGUCGUUGUCACCACCAUGGGUAGGGUCCAAUUUGGCAAGGCUCGAGAUUCGCCGCAAAAGAUGUUUAACGAGACGUUUGUGCUCGUCCCAAACUGGGACGCCAUGACGAGGAACCCUCCACGCGGCCUGCAGAAAUGGUUGAUCAUGUCACAAAACUUUCGAGCUCUAUGAGCACUGUAUGGCGCGCGUGCUUGCUACUGGGAACAUAACGCUGGGAGGAGAACUGGAGUUUGGGAUUGCUGUCACGGUGCACGGGGACAUAUUGCGGGUGCUUUGUUGGCUCUUCGGUUGGCCCGGGCGACUUGGGCAACAAUUGAAAACUGUCUGUCUUGAUAUUGGAAUACGUAACAGUGUCUAGGUCCGAGCUGUGCCUAUACUGUACUAAUGGAACUGGGACGCCUGCCUGCUGCAGUCGCGCUCUG